UAGAAUUGAUUUUUUUUGUUGGUGGAGCAAGGGCGCCACCUGCCGAUGUGACAUCUGUCAAACAAAUGUUUAUAAAUAAACAACAAUUUACUGGUGCUUGAGGCACCCUAAUGUUAAUUUUGAAAAAUGAACAGUGUGUUCCAGCUAACGGACUGCUGUCGCACUUGUUUGCGCGUUGAAAGUGCUUUAACCCCGUUGGAUUCGGUCGACUCCGACAAUAUAAAAUUAUGUGAUAAACUUGUUGCUUGCAUUUCGGAUAUUGCUUGGACGAAAAAUGGAUACUCCAACUUGUUGUGUUCGAAUUGUAUCGAAAAACUCCGGAGUGCGUACGAGUUCCGAUUAUUGUGUAUCCAAUCGGAGAACACUUAUCAGCAGUAUUUUUCCCAGGAAAAAGUCGCCUCUUACACAAAUUUGGACGACUUUCAGCUGACUAACACAAUUCAAAUCCAAGGUGCUGUCAUCGAAACUGUUAAAACCAAUGAUUUCCUAAACCUGAAGCAUUUCCUUGACGAUGACACAGGAAAUAAGCCGCCGGAGAAUUCGCGAAGUGCGUCCCCAGAUUCAGUUGCCACUACUGGUUUUGCAAAAUAUGAAAAAAUCGUGAAAAAAGCGGUGGUGCCAACCCGGUCUGUGAAAACCCAAACGCAGCCUUUGCCCCAAUAUCCAAGUCUGACUCCGGCGGCAGCACGGCUGGAGGCCCAACAAAGCAAAACCACGAUUAUCAUAGAAGACCCCUACAAGUUCACGUGCGAGCUUUGCGGGAAAAAAUACGCCAAAAACGCCAAUCUCAAAAUUCACAUGAGGACUCACACCGGGGAAAAACCGUUCGAGUGCAAAUACUGCGACAAGAAGUUCUAUCACUCGUCGCAUUUGCGGGAACACAUCAGGCGACACACGGGGGAAAAACCGUUCCAGUGCAACGUGUGUCAAAAACGCUUCACGAUCACUGCAGAGCUGACAGUCCACAUGCGAAUCCACACCGGGGAAAAACCGUACGCGUGUAAUUGCUGCGAAAAGCGCUACAUCAAAGCCAGCGAUCUGCAGGUGCACAUGCGGUCGCACACCGGGGAAAAACCCUUCGCAUGUAAUUAUUGCGAUAAAAAAUUCACUUCGGGUUAUAUACUGAAUUCGCACCUGAAAACGCAUACCGGAGACCGGCCCUGGCAGUGCAACAUUUGCUCAAAGUCGUUCACUCAAUCGUCGCAUUUAACAGUCCAUAUGAAGAAACACACUGGGGAGAAGUUCGUUUGUAAAGUGUGCAAUGAAGAGUUCACCCAUUCGUCCCAAUUGACGGUGCAUAUGAGGCAACACACAGGCCGCCAACCUUACAAAUGCACAAUGUGCGAUAAAAUUUGCAAUUACGCGUCUGAGUUGCAAACGCACAUUAUGAAACACACUGGGGAAAAAUUCACGUGCAUAACGUGCGAUAAAAAAUUCACAACGGCGGCGUAUUUGCAGGAACAUACGCGGACGCACACUGGCGAAAAUUUGUUCAAUUGUACGUUGUGUGAACGCGUUUUUACGAGAGCAACCUAUCUUGAUAAACAUUUAAGGACGCAUACUGGCGAAAGGCCUUUCGAGUGUGAAAUUUGCGGGAAAAAAUUCACACAGAGUAGUAGUCUCAAUGUACAUAUCAGGAAACAUACAGGGGAAAAACCCUACACUUGUAAUAUCUGUAAUAGGAGUUUUGCAACGUCGUCUUACCUAUCCGUUCAUUUAAGGAAGCAUAAAAAAUAUAUUAACAUGUAAUUAUCUCACGGAGGACUAAUGCAUUAGGAGGCGACAGCGCACAAAUCGAACAGUAAUUUUAUCGAAAGCAAUACAAUGUAAGUCUGCUAAAAGUAUACAAGAACUCUUAAUUUAUAUGCAUAAACUUUGGGCCAACAAAUGGUGAAAAAAAAUUCUGGUAAAAGUUUUUUAAUUACCGAGAUAAAAACACCACUAAACUUUUUUGGGAACAAUCGACAUUUUAUUUAUUGUUUUUCGUUUAGUAUAAUAAAUAUAAAAAAAUAUAUACAAUAAAAAUUAGAACAAAAGAGUUGUCGACAACUAUACACAUGGACUUUCUGAUUUUGUCUUAUUUUGUAAGGAGUGAUCGUUUUUUUUUUCAUUUCUCUCAGUAGUAAUCAGCUUGACAACAUUUACUAACAUCAAAUUCCAAAUGAAAAAAGAUUAUAAAAAACAAUUACUCCUUACAAAAUAAGGCAAGUACGGACAAAUAAGGCCUUUUGGAUGUAAUUAAUAAUUAUUUUUUGUUGGUAACAUUUGAAGUCUUCUUUUUAACAUCUGAAUCCUAGAUUAUGAACACUAUUUUAAAACAAGAUUCCCACAGCAACGUGUUUUAAAUUAAAAAGUUCUAACAAAAAAAUUUUUAAAAACUUGUGCAAACGCUUAAAGUUCUUAGGUGUAUAGUCUUCGAACUCUCGAACUUUAAGCUCGUGUUUUCGCACUCGUAUUAUUAAUAACUAUUGUCUAUAACUUUUUUAUUUUAUUUUUAAAACUCUAUUAUUUAAUAUUUUUAAAUUUUGAAUUCACGAGAAAUAUAAAAGAAUGUAUACUACCAAAGCAGUAAAAAUAUUUAGUUUUAUUUUUUUUAAACUUAUUGGAUUAUUUGUGCAAAGAAAAAUUGUUUUAUUUUACUUAUUUUUUUAUCUCGAAAACCAAAAAACUUUUACUAAUACUUCGUUUUAAUUUUUAACUUCGUUUUAACUGUAUUUUUACUGUAUCUCAAGUAUUAAUAAUCAUACAGAAUUCAGCGUUUGCCAUUAAAUCCUCAUAAUACUUUUCCUUUAUUUAUUUUUUUUUCAGAAUUUUUCUAGGAUUUGCUUAUUAAAAUAAAUUUAACAAAACUCAAAAAAAAACUAAUUAAUUACUUAAUAUUAAGUCGCUGCAAACAUUUAUUAUUUCUUAUGUCACUAUAGAACAAGGGAUACCUACUUAUAAAGAGUGUUUCAAAAUUAACGAAUUCUGAGUUCUGAGCGUUAUAGAGAGAUUCUAGGCUUCCCCACACAUAUACAUUGUUUAGAAGGUGCACUUUGUAUUGGUUUUCUUCAAAUGCAGGCUAAAAGUUUCAAUGUUAUUUAUAUACAGGGUGCUCAAAAACUGGCGCACCAACUCAGUGGUACGUUAUUGAGAAGCAACUGCAGAUUACAGGAAAAAUGUUGAAAAAAUUCCUAGAGUCAUAUUUUAAGAAAUCUGGAGCUACAAACUUAUUGUGUUAACUUCUUUAGUUUAUAUUAUUUUUUUAUGUUUUCAUGUUUCAUACCAGGUAAUCGUCCCGUAACAAAACGAUGAAUAAUUAUUUUUAAAUUUACUCUGAGACUUUAACAGUUUUUUUAAUUUAAAAAAAUUAAAAUUCAUCCAAAAAAUCACAAUGUGUAGAUGUGCCAACACUGGGAAUUAUUUCCUAGGAAACCGCUUCAAAAAUCAUUUAUUUUUAUUGUUGCUCAAAUUCUAUUGCGAUCAUGACUGUUAGACAACGUUGCCACAUAUCAUUUAUCUAAAAUCCGUUAUUUAUCAUUAACUUUAAUACAAAGAAUUUUUUUACUAUUUUUACCUUUAUAUGUAACCAGUUCUCUGCCACACACCGUUGAGUUGGUGCGCCAGUUUUUGAGCACGCUGUAUAAUAAUCACCUGCACCCUAAAUAACAAUAAACACUGAAACUUUCAGUCUGCAUUUCAAAAACUGAUCCUGAAACCAAUGUAUCUUUGUGGGGAAGCCCCGAAUCUUUUUUUAUAUUUAGAGUGCUAAAGUGAUUCUUUACUUCGAACUAAGAAAUAGUAUGUUGUUUUGAGCAAAAAAGGUAAAAAAAUGUCGCUAGUCCCAAAAAAUAAUUAUGUAUUAAAAACUCGAAUGAACAUAAUAGUUUUGGGGCUACCCACAAUUCUUCUUUUAAGUAAUGGUUGUUUCGAUAUUUUUAUAUUUUUUAUUAGAAAGAAGUGCACAAAAGUUCUAAAAAAAAUGCAUAUACGUAGAGAAAAACGUUAAUUAUUCAAUGACAAACGUUGAUUACUUUGCAACUGUUAGUUUUUGAGAUAUAGUAAAAAAUACUUUUAGCAGACUCAGCUUGUAUAAAAAACUACAAACUUUCUGUCCGCUUCAAAUAAUUAAUGAAUACGGUUAAAGACAAUGUAUUAAUAACGCAGUUGUAGAAAAUAUAAAUAAAUUUGACAAAUAUGCCGAAAUUAAAUUAAAUAAAAAGCCUGAAAAUAAAAAAAUCGUAAUUUUCACCGGAAUCGAAUUUGAAUAGAAAUUGGUAUUUUGUAUUUUUGACACAACCAAAAAAAAAAAACUAACGAAUUGUUAAAACCGUUAAAUAAUAAAGAAAUGGCUCCAGGGACUUUUUGGAAGAAAAUUUGAUUCUCUACUCCUGUUUACUGUUCCUUUAACCGUAUCACAAGGCUUUAGGUACUAUUAAAUAGUUUAGGCUCGAAAUAUUUUUGUAUUUACUACUAAUUUUUUGACUUUUUAAAGGUUGUUUCGCCUCCUAGUUUUAGUCCUCCGUAAUAAUUUUAAGGAUAAAAUUUAUUUUGUUGCUGCUGCUUGGCUUGACUUUAUUUAUUUAUCAUAUUUUUAUAUUGUAAAACAAUAAACAUACCCAAGGAAUCAGUUUUUGAAUGACAUCCAUAUUUAUUAAGUUCUAUGAUACAAAUGUAUGAAAUAUUAAAUACUUUGCGUAACGUAACAUGAACAUUGGAAUGAAUCAAACUGACAAAACCAGCCGUGAAUAAAAUUUAGAGAAACAGCAAAAUUAUAACUUAAAAACGUAUUAUUAAAGACUAGAAAUAUAGUGUGAUAAUUUA